AUGGGCCAGAACUCGUCGUCACCAUUCGCGUACCUUGCCGCGGGCAUUACGCCUGCUGUCAACGUUCCUGCCGCUGCCACUUCCCCCGGGAGUGUGUCGGAGCUGAAGAGAAAGAGAUCGGACGAGUCUGGCGCGGCCGAGGACGGAUCGACGGAGGUCGUGAAGUCCAGAGCUACCAAAAGACUCAAAGGUACUUCCGAGGCUCUCCCUUCUACUCAGGCCGUCGUUGAGAGUAUCAACGAGGUCGUCGACACAUUACCUCUCCCUCCCUACACCCCUCCUACUCCUUUCCCCGGUCAUGCUUCCGAGCGGAAGAGAAAGCGUUCCGGCGAGUAUGGCGCCGAGGACGUGGAGGCUGGUGUGGAGUCCAGAGCUACAAAAAGGCCCAAGGGUACCUCUGAGGCUGUUGUCCCCAACCAGCCUGUCGUACUCGACGAAGAAUCUGGAUUGCAGAUCAUGGAAUCUUACGAGCUCUCCUCCGCCCACCCUGUGGAGCAAUACAUCAGCGAAUACCAGAUGCUAGAGCUGGAAAUGCUGUACCAGUACGAUGCGAUCAAGAUCUACCUUGAAAGUCUCGAUCGGAACUUCACCCCGAUUCCGAUUCCUGCCGCCAUUCCAAGAGUCCACCCCAUCGGCUACGAUCCCAACGGAGUUCCCAUCGACGCGUUCACCGUAUUUGGCAACCUGGCUCCUGAGCUGCGUCAGAUGAUCUGGGAAUUCGCCCUUGAAGACAGUGCGCCCCGAAUCCUCGCCAUUCAACCGCAAUACCACAACCACCCUCCUCUUGUCCACGCCUGCCACGAGUCCCGCCGUGUCUGUAGCGAGGAUGAGAACAUCUACUACAUUUCCAGUGUGCAGCGCUGCAGAGUGUUCCGUUAUUUUAUCAAUUACCAAAAGGACACGAUCUACCUCAACCACACCUUCUCCCGCCUGGGGGGCAAGGUGCACAACAGCACCAUCCAGGCCACCCGCUCGAUGUAUCCGCAGGUCUUGGAGCUAGCCGAGAACCUCGCCAUCAACGUGCAGGAGUUCCGAAGCUUGACUGGCGGCCACCGCAACCCAAAGAACACGCUUUGGACCAUGCUCAUGGCGUGGUGCCCAAACCUCAAGUGCAUCUCGAUCGUCGCCAACAACUUCCCCUCCAGCGGCCUCGUCAUCGACUUCAUCGACGUUCCGCCCACCGCCACCGCCUACACGGACAUGAAUCCCAAGGACCAGGUCGAAGCCAUCCAGGACAUCCAGCGCGCCUGGCGCUUCCAUAAGGGCAAGGGCACUAUCGGGGACUUCGCUACGCGUGUCGUGCUCGUCGACAUGAACGCCGGCCGGAUCCUCACCCGCAAGCAGAAGAUCCAGAAGCGCAGGGAGGAGGAGGAGGCGCGGAAGGGGAUGAAGGCUGUGGGAGAGAAGGUGUCGGAUGGGGAGAAGAAGAUGGUUGAGGAGGAGGAGGAGGAGGAGGAGGAGGAGGAGGAGAGGGUUGAGGAGGAGGAGGAAGAGAAAUUUAGUAAGGAGGUUCUGGCGGAGGCGCGGGCGAAUGCGGAGGCUUAUGCGGAUGUUUAUGCGAGGGCUAUGGGGAAGGCCAAGGCGGAUGCGAGGCGGAAGGUGAAGGCGGAGGCAAAGGAGAUUGAGAACGCGAAGGCGAUCGAAGAGGCGAAGGCGAUCGAAGAGGCGAAGGCGAUUGAGCACGCGAAGAAAUGA